AUGGCCACUGGAUCUGCAGUUUCCUGGAUGACUCCAAAGUUGAGAAGAUCACUGUCCAGCAAUGGAAAGCAGCCCUCAGAAGGUCCCGUCUGUGGCUUAAAGACCCAGCUCUCCAAUCAAUCAGCUUGCUACCCUGGACCCUAA